AAUCAUUCAAACCAUCAUUGCUUGCAAAGGGUGUGUCGAUCGAUCGACAAAGAAAAAUGGUCACCCCAACAGAAGAUGAAGGAGAGGACUUCUUUGCAUCUACACCUCCCGACUCAUCUGCAACAACGACGGCCAAAGCGGAAAGUAGCUCACAACCUUUAACGUCUUUGUUUCGCGGAGAAGAAGAAGAGGAAGAGGAGGAAGAAGAGCAACAAGAUGGAAAGGUCAUGUUUCCCUUUUUCAAAGAUGAAAAGGAAAAAGAAGAUUGGAUAAAAGAGACGAUGCGAUUAGAAGACGAAGAUAGAGAUUUUAUGGAAGCAGAAUACGAAAGGGAACUAGACAGAAAGCCAAAGCAAACAAGGAAGAAAAGGUCAAAUACGCCACCAGCCGAGAGCUCUACAAAGAAGACAAAUUCUCGUUCUCCGCCAGCCAAUUCAGCGGACAAAAGACGAAAAAUCGAAAACCCUACAUCACGAGCACCUGAGAAUAAAUCGAAUCAAUCUAUUCGUCUGCCUACCUCACUAAACGAACAGUCAAGAGACGGAUGGCAUUAUCGAUUCAUCGGUAGUUUUGUCGUUUCUGCAUAUUCGCUAAGCAAAGGUCGAAACUAUGCAAAACAAGGCGACAGGGUGCGGAUAGAAAGGCAAACGCCAAAGGGUGCAAAGCCAUCCGAGAAUGGCAAUGGAAGAACAUCGAAUGGGAUAGGGAAAAAACAAACAACGUUGUCAUUCGGAGGUACAAAACCGAAAAAGGUCAAGGAAGAUUACAUUGUUCGAUUCGUCAAUAUGAAAGGAUUCGAGAUCGGAAGAAUACCGAAAGAAGCAUCACCAUGGAUGUCGAGAGCUAUUGACAAUGAAGCUGCUCGAUUUGAAGGUAUCGUUGUUGAUUGUCCUGAGUCGUUGACUGUUGGCUGUGAUAUCUUGCUGGAGAUACGCGCAUACAUUCUCAAAUCCGCCUUUACCCUUUCGCCGGCCAAUGGACAGACGUCGUUUGGCUCUCGUUCUCGUGAAGAUGUUGCAUCGUCUGCAUGGGGUGCAGAAACUCAAGAGACAGAAGAGGAAAAGAAGAUCAGGGAAAGAAAGUCUUCCCUUUUGAGAUUGUUUAGGGCUUGCACAUUACGUGCAAACAAGACAAGCUCAAUCUUGACAAAGAGUAGAGACGAGGCAGAGAAAGAACCUCUAAGUAGUCCUGUACGGACGACACCCAUCAAUGGCAACUCGCCUGCUCCAGCACAAAACGGCACCAAGCCAAACUCUCGAGAGGGCACACCACCCGAAGUGGACGAUGGGACGGAAAUAACGGAAAAUCAACUUGAUUCGGUGUAUGAUCGGGCACAAAGGAAUGAUAUGAGUCUACCCGAAGUGGAACCCAAUCCAGACUUUGCUCUAACCCUACGAGCAUACCAAAAACAAUCGCUAGGAUGGAUGAUGAAAAUGGAAGAAAAGCCAAAUAGCCGGAUAAACGAAAGGGAAAAUCAAUCAGAGCAAGAUGGAGAAUCUGUAGGUUUGCAUCCGCUAUGGGAAGAGUAUAUCUUCCCAGUCGAUGAUGAAAGGAUGUACCUUCUAGAUUCGGCUUGUUCGAAAUUCUACUUCAAUCCAUACACUGGUCAUCUUAGCCUCAAAUUCCCAUCAGCCGGUCGUGGAGCACGAGGAGGAAUCUUGGCCGAUGAGAUGGGAUUGGGCAAGACGAUUCAAAUGGCAUCACUCAUCCUAAGCAAUCAGCCGUCGCCUGAUGAAGAAUUGUCCGAAGAAGAAGAAAGUGAAACAGAAGAGGAAGAUGCCAAAAAAGGACCUUCUUACCGACAAGUUUCUCUGAAGUCAUCUUUUGCCGCUGCUGCAAAAGGAGAAGGCGGUUUGACAAAAGCUGAUCGGAAAGAAAUGUUCAACAUGACAUCUUCAUCGCGUGGAAGGGUAACACUUGUCGUAGCUCCGAUGUCUCUUGUCGGACAAUGGAGGGAUGAAAUGGAACGUGCAAUUCCAACGAUGAAGACCAUGCUCUAUUAUGGUGAAUCGAAGGGUGAACUCAUUUCUCGCUUGACGGCAGGAACGGUUGAUAUUGUCAUCACUACCUACGGUACCCUCACCUCAGAGUAUGGUCGAUAUAUCAUACCAAACAAGUCCUCCUCAACACUCGAGAUUGCUCCUCUGUAUGCCGUCGAUUGGUUGAGAGUGAUCUUAGAUGAAGCACACCACAUCAAGAACAAAGCAACAAAGAAUUCGCGUGCUUGUCGGGAUCUGACGGCAAGAAGAAGAUGGUGCUUGACAGGAACGCCAAUUGUCAAUCGAUUGACGGAUUUGUUCAGUCUUUUACGUUUUCUACGUGUUCAACCAUGGGGAGACUUUGCAUUCUUUAACACAUUCAUCGCUAAGCCAUUUAUGCAAAAGAAUCCUAAAGCUUUGGAGAUCGUGCAAGUGGUGUUGGAAUCUAUCUUGAUUCGACGUGAAAAGCGAAUGAAAGAUAAAGAUGGCAAACCUAUCGUUGAUCUGCCUCCCAAAACAACCCAUAUGGUUCGAUUACCACUAACGCCAUUGGAAAGACAAAUCUAUGAAAGUGUUUAUGAUCGUGCACAUAUGCAGUAUCAGACAUUGGCAGCCGCAGGUACGAUUGCACGUAACUUCACAUUCAUGUUUUCCGUUUUGAUGCGUUUACGACAGGCUGUUUGUCAUCCUUUGUUGGUGAUUCAAGGCAACAAGAAGGCCAAGAAAACUACAAACGGGGGAGAAUCGGAAGUGAAUGAAUCUGUGCUGGGUCAAAUGGAAGAGAAGCUUAAUGAACUCGUUGCAGCAUUUCAAUCAGGCUCCGAUUCGAACGAAGAGGGCGACAAGAAGAAAGUGUCAGUUCAAGCAUUGGAAGAACUGUUUGGAGCAAACGGAAACGAAGAAGAAGACGAUGAUCAUUCGGAAUGUCCGUUCUGCUUUGAAGAAAAGUCUGAAUUGUUAGUGAUGCCAUGCAAACAUUGGGGAUGUAAGCCAUGCAUCAUUGAACAUAUUCAACGCAGCGAAGAAAAAGGAGAGGAUGAAAUCCCUUGUCCAACUUGUCGUGAAGGACCGGUAACGUUGGGUAAUACGGCAACCGUUGUACGAACGCGUAGGAAUAGGAUCAUGGAAGCCAUUCAAAACAGUCAAGAAGCAGCAAAGAAGGAGGACAGCCUUACCAUACAACCUGCAGUAUACUUUCAAGAUGAUAAGAUUCGAAGCAGUACCAAAUUAGAGGCAUUGGUCGGACAUUUGAAUCAGCUGCGUUACGAUGACCCAACGUUUAAAGGUGUCAUUUUUUCGCAAUUCACUUCCUUCUUGGAUUUAGUCGAGGUUGUCCUGCGCAAGAAUCAUCAUCCAUUUGUGCGUUUGGAUGGAACAGUGUCACAAAAAGAUCGUGAAGCAGUGUUGAACGCCUUUAGCAGUUCACCUAAACGGAUGUUAAUCUUGGUAUCCUUACGUGCAGGAGGAGUUGGUUUGAAUUUGACUGCAGCCAAUCAUGUUUGGCUUCUGGAUUGUUGGUGGAAUGCAAGUACAGAAGAUCAAGCGGUUGAUCGCAUACACAGAUUAGGUCAAACAAGACCUGUUCACGUUCAUCGUUAUUUGAUCGAAAAUUCGAUUGAAGAUCGUAUUUUGGCCAUUCAAGCACGCAAAACAGCACUUGUUGGAGCUGCUUUGGCGGGAUCGGCACGAGGACCUGAUGAAAAAUCAGAAGCAUUACAGAAUCUGGAAUUAUUAUUUUCAUAAAUUGUUAUCAUCAUCAAUUGUACAUCAUUCAUACGUUCAAUGCCACAUUAUUUGUAUAUUUGUCA